AUGUCGGGAGCUCAAGAUCGCGAGGCUGUCUUCCCAACCCGGCAGUCGCUGGGUAUCAUGAAGGCUAAGCUCAAGGGCGCAGAAACAGGUCACAGUCUGUUGAAAAGAAAGAGUGAGGCCCUGACGAAACGAUUCCGAGAAAUCACCAAACGAAUCGAUGAGGCGAAGAGAAAAAUGGGAAGAGUAAUGCAGAUUGCAGCUUUCUCCUUGGCCGAGGUCACCUAUGCCGUGGGUGGUGAUAUUGGCUACCAAGUACAAGAGUCUGCCAAGUCUGCUCGAUUUCGAGUUCGCACAAAACAAGAAAACGUCUCGGGUGUUCUGCUUCCGGCGUUCGAAAGCUACCUUACCGAAGGUAACAACGAUUUCGGCCUCACGGGUCUGGGUAAGGGUGGACAGCAGGUUCAACGCUGCAGAGAGACAUAUGCCCGCGCUGUAGAAGCUCUCGUUGAACUUGCUAGUCUACAGACUGCAUUUGUGAUCCUUGAUGAGGUUAUCAAAGUAGUGAAUAGGCGCGUUAACGCGAUCGAACAUGUCAUCAUACCAAGAACCGAGAACACCAUAAAGUACAUCAACUCUGAACUAGACGAACUCGAUCGUGAGGAAUUUUACAGAUUGAAGAAGGCAUGGUCCAACCGUCCGCUAAGCAAGGUCGCAAACAAGAAACAGCGCGACACAGCUGCGGCAGACGCCGAGAUGAAGGCGCGCCGAGAGGCAGAGGCUGCGGCGCAAGGCGGACAGACGCCUCAGAAGAACGAUGAUACUCAUACAGACGUUCUUGGUGAGAAUGACGACGACGACGUCAUCUUUUAA